UUAUACUCUGUUAUCAGAAAAAUGCAUCAAGAACAAAAACUUCAAAAGCACCAUUUUCAUCAGAGUGGGUCCCUUAGGUGAAAAUGACAGUGAAAGUGUGAUGUUUUGAUUUAUAAAAGCAAAUCCUGGGAGGAUCAGAAAAUUUCAUAAAAAAAUAUUUAUUUUGUAAUGUUAAAUUAAAAAAAGGCGUUCUUUAGUGAAGUCACGGGGCAAUAUUUUUUGCUGUUCCAACAGUUUUAAAUGGAAAUAUACCUAAAGCAACAAUAUUAAGUGCUUAGAGAUACGCAAUGUUUAAAACGAGUUUUUUUUAUAAAUAAAGUUCGAUUUUAUCUGCGCAUGUGCAGUAAAUCCCAUCUUUUUUUAUUUUUUUUAACUUAUAUGUCUCUUAACAGGAUGCAGAACACUUAACAGCUGAUUUGUGGUUAUAGACCUUCCUAUAGGAUAUAUGCCACGUUUUACAAAUUUGCUUACUUUAUAAAUGGAGCUGUUAAGUUUCGUUUUACGCGCAGAGGCGGGUUAAACGAAAGCGAUGCCGAGGAUGAUGAUGUGAUGAAGACUCAGCUGACAGUGCUUUGACUCCAGCAGAAACGUCAAUAUCACGGAAAAACUCGACAAGAAAGAUUUAUUCUACCAAAAUAACCCGACGCCGGGUUAAACUACUCGACUUCGUUUAAAACGCAAUGUCUUAUGGGAUUUGGAGGAUUUUUCCAACGCUGUGGAACACUCAGCUCAGAAUGAGAGGCCUUGCCAACUACCAUUUGUCCUGUUGUGUAAACACUUUGCUGCAGACCUUCUCUGCAACCUGGGAACUACUAGAACUUCUAGAAAGGUUGGAACCAGCUGUUGUGAGAUCUGACAGUCGGAGCAUUCCCCUGGAGCUGAAGAAAGUUCUCACGGCGAUGCGGGGCGACCUCACUCAAUCUGCUCCACAUCGGGACUUCCUCCACUGUCUGGAUAGAUACUGCAUUAGACUUGACACACAGCACGAUGCUGACGAGGUUUUCCUCUCCAUUCUGAACCUGAUGCAGCAGCAGAUAGAUGACAGACAUCUGGCUUUAGAAAUCCAGGAUUUGUACAAGAUUUCAGUGGAGACCCAUCUGCAGUGUCUGCAGUGCAACUCCAUCAAAACCCUGGAAAGCUACCAGCUCAGCCUGCCGCUACACAUAAAAGAAGAUCACAACACUCUGGAGGACUGCAUGACCUCUUUCUUUGAACAUCAGGAGCUGAGGGGCAUCAACUGCUGCUCUUGUGCACACUGUGGAACCAGGACUCCAUUCAAACAGACAUUUAUGGUUUCACAGGGCGUCAAACUCCGCUCCCUGCCUCGGAUUUUGUGCAUACACCUGAAGCGCUUUCGAAACACGCGUGGUCUCCUCCAAAAACUUCACAGCAGAGUCACUUUUCCAGAACAUCUUGAUAUGGCUCAAAUUCUGACAGAAGCCUUUUCCACAGACUUUGCACAGAGUGACUGCAAGUUCAGCCUGUAUGCAGUGGUGGUGCACUAUGGCACUGCAAUGUUUGGACACUACACUGCUUAUGUCCGAGACAGGAGGAGCGGGAGCUGGUACCAUGCAGACGACAGCUGUGUGCAGCCGGUAUCCUGGGAAAAUGUACAGAUGACGUAUGGAGGGCAUUCAAGAGAAACUGCGUAUAUGUUGAUGUACAGAAGAGAUCUGAUGAAGGAGGAGCAAAAACCGAAGUUUUCCGGCUGAGUGGAUCCAUCCCAAAGAAGCAGAGAAGAUUAAGGGGAAAAAAAACAUUAUCUUAUAUAUUUAGUUAAUUUUAUGUGCAUUUAAAACUAAACCCUAAAGAAUCCUAAAGCCUAAAACAGCAACGUUCACCAGCGACCAAUAGGUGGAGAUGAAGACUUAUAGCGUGGCAGCGUUUUCCCAUCAGACCACACACACUGUGAGCUCAUUCAGUGACACUGGGGGUGGGUUUGAAGCCACUGGUGGGCUCAGACCUUUUUCUUUUGCAUUAACACUCAUUUUCCUGACAAUACUGCAUUUAGAUCAUUCAUCAAAAAAACUGAAGUCUCUAUUUUGAGAACAUUUUUAAUAUAUUACUUUUGUCUUGAAGAUUACAAACAUUUUUUGUUCAAAUUUAUUUUAAAAAGAAAUUGUCUAAAGUGACCCACUUUGAUGCAUUUGCAGUUGCACCAAGAGGUGGCUAAAGCAUACGUCUUUUGGAAAGCAGUAAAACGACGUCCUACAUUAGAUAAGAGGUGAAACCUUGCAGUGGAAGCCACAGUGCGUAGAGAAUCGCUGCAACCCGUCAGCAGAGCGACCAAAGUUCCUACUCGCACAGCCACAAGGCCGUGGGACUGUGUGAAACGGUUCCUAUGUGCAGCCCAGCUCUGACAGAAUGGAACAUGCCUGCACAGUGCCAGAAGCUGCGGGCCUCAUGCUUAGUCAUCUCCAUGCUGAGCAGCACAAGCUCACCCUUUUCAGGUUUAGGAGGUGGCUAAUUCUUUUAAAGCACUUGCAGAAUGUGUCUGUGGUCUGGACCUGAGACAGUGUCACAAGCCUGAUCAGCAGUUCUGUGACAAGCUCUUACUUUGAAGUCAACCCUGACUUUUAAAAGCCCUAGCAUGUCUCUAAACGAUAUUUGGAUAAAAAGUUAAAUGUUACUCUGUAUUUAUUGCACACAUAGGAACAAUUUGCAGCUUAUUUAUUGCUAGCAGAUAUAAUGUUUGGUGUAAAGUAAUCAUCUUUCUGCACUAAUGCAGAAAACCUGCAGGAAGCAUACACCAAAAAAAAAAACCCCGCCAUCCCGGACGAGCCCCCAAAUAUGUUACAAUCCGACAGGGAACCUUGCCUCAGUCUUGGGGAAAUGAUCACAAAAGGGGCCUUAACACAUGACAAGUGGACGCCAGGAAGUAAAAAAAUAGAUAUUUUGUCUGACAUCUUUUGGUCACUUUAAAAUGCUAAUAUUAAAUGAUGAAUUUAUUUAUUCUCUCGUUGAAUAAUCUGUGUUGUAGCUUUCUUGAAUAAUUUGGAAAUGAAGUGAAUUUGAACAAUCAUAA